AUGGAGAUGAAGAACCUUCUGAAGGAGAUCCUGCUCUGGACAAGGCGUGCAAUUAGCCUCAUCAUUACUGGGAUUAUUGCCCUGGUAGCCAACAUUGCCACCACAGCCACUGUCACUGCUUUGCUCACUUUGAGUGUCCAGAUGGCUCAGACUAUGAACAAUGUGUCUACUGCCAUGGCAGAAGCCCUUGCCAUUCAAAAUGACCUAAAUAAACACAAAUUGAACUUGGCUCAUGUCAUUAUUGACCUCAUCAGGGAAACAAAUCCUCCUGCAGUGCAUGGUGUUAUUAACUUAAGAAGCACCUUUUACUCUGAAGUGAAAAUUGGGAUCUUGGCCAACACCAUCCUCUUUCUGUUCUGUGUCAUCAAGUUUCUCUGUGACAAGAGGCUCAAGAACACAGACUGGAUCGUCAGUCUCUUGGCCCUAACCCACCUACUGAUGCUGCUCACCAUGGGGUUCUUAGCUGCAGACACUUUUACAUCUCGGGUGGGGGGGGGGCUUUGGGGUGAUGUCACAUGUAAAUCAGUUGCCUACUUGUAUAUGUUGAUGAGGGGCCUGUCCAUUUCUGCCACCUGCCUGCUGAGUGUCCUGCAGAGCAUCACCCUCAUGCCCAGAAGCUCCUGCUUGGCAAAGUUCAAGCCUAAGUCUUCACAGGACAGCGUGAGAGCCCUUCUCUUCCUGUGGGUCUUCUAUAUGUYCUUCAGUGCCCACUUUUCCAUCUGAGCUGUAGACAACUCCACUGUGACCUCAGAGGGCCUUAUAUUCCUCAGUGAUUCCUGCACUAUCUUGCCCAUGAGCUACUUCCUCAGGCAUUUGUUUACCGUCCUGGGUGCAUUACGGGAUGUGUUCCUUAUAGGGAUCAUGACCCUCUCCAGUGGGUACAUGGUGACCCUCUUGCAUAGGCAUAAGUGGCAGUGCCAGCACCUUCACAGCACCAGCCUGUCCCCAAAAGCCUCCCCAGAACAGAGGGCCACCAGGGCCAUCCUGGUGCUCCUGGGAAUUUUUGUGCUCAUGUACUGUUUGGACUGUGUCAUCUCCUUUUCAAGAACCAUGUGGAACAAUGACCCUAUGUGCCGUUCUGUCCAGAUCAUGGUGUCCAAUGGCUAUGCCACCAUCAGUCCUUUGGUUUUCAUCUUCACGGCAAGACAAAGCAUUGCCUUUUUGAAAUGUUUGUAG